AUGCUAUCAGAACAUCCCCUCUUUAUGCGGGUUCUUGUUGGUUUCACAACCGCUCUCUAUGCCUCCUGUGCUCUAGCCGCGACAGAUAAUUUUGACAUACUGAAAUAUGUCGAUCCCUUGAUCGGAACUGCCAAUGGAGGCCAUGUGUUUGCAGGCGCGACGUUGCCAUUUGGCAUGGCCAAGGCCGUUGCAGACACAUCGGGCGAGAACCAGGCUGGUUUCGCUUAUGAUACCAAGGUUGUUACCGGGUUUUCACACAUGCACGACUCUGGAACUGGAGGCUCUCCAUCGAUGGGCAAUUUCCCCAUUUUCCCGCAACCAAAUUGUCCUGGCGACGAUAUCAAUCAGUGCAAAUGGCAACAAUCAGAUCGAGCGGUGGCCUGGAAUAGGAGCUCUCCCGAUGCUCAUCCUGGCUAUUUCAGUAUUUCAUUGGCCAACGGCGUUCACGCAGAGAUGACAACAACCAAUCGAUCCGCUUUGUACCGGUUCAAGUUCAUUAAUACUUCCAGCGAGCCGCUUAGCCCGGUCAUUCUCGUGGAUUUGAUGGAUUUGCCUCAGACACGAACGAAGGGAGCUGCUCACGUCGACCGCUCAACUGGUCGGCUUUCUGGAAGUGGUUCUUUCAGCCCAAGCUUUGGAAUCGGUAGCUAUGACUCAUAUUUCUGCGUUGAUUUCAAGGGAGCAGAGCUUCGCGACACAGGAUCCUGGUCUAAAAAUGGCGUCAACUUCAGCAGGCCGAGCCUGUCGCUUGGAGCCAGCUUGUCUUCGACGGUGUCAGCUGGCACGUUUGCCAGAUUCCACAGCCCCAAGGAUGACACUAUCCUCGCUCGAGUGGGUGUCAGCUUCAUAAGCGCCGCUCAGGCAUGCUCCAACGCAGAGCGAGAGCAGCCUGACUUCGACUUUGAAGGCACCCUUACAGCGGCCGAGGCUGCUUGGCGGGAGAAGCUGGAGGUCAUUUCCGUGGACGCCGAAGGAGUUUCAUCCGAGCUGCAGGAAGUCUUUUGGAGCGGAGCGUAUCGCACAAUGAUCAGCCCUCAGGACUACACCGGAGAGAACCCUCUGUGGAAGAGUGACGAGCCAUACUAUGACAGCUACUACUGCAUUUGGGACUCGUUCCGCAGCAUUCACCCACUACUGACGCUGGUCGACCCGCUGUCGCAAUCUCUCAUGUUGCGCAGCUUAAUUGAUAUCUAUCGACACGAGGGCUAUCUGCCCGACUGCCGCAUGUCACUUUGCAAGGGCAACACACAAGGUGGAUCCAACGCAGAUGUGCUGAUGGCCGAUGCGUAUUUGAAAAAGGUCGAAGGCAUCGAUUGGGACACUGCCUACGAGGCUGUAGUCAAAGACGCGGAAGUGGAGCCUGCGAACUGGGACGUUGAAGGGCGUGGUGGUCUUCACAGUUGGAAGAAUCUCGGUUACAUUCCGUUCCAGGACAUUGAUCCUUACGGCAAGGGCACGCACACUCGCAGCGUCUCACGCACAGUGGAAUAUGCGUACAACGACUUUUGCAUUGCUGAGAUGGCCAUGGGUAUGGGUCACCAUGCCGAUUAUGAGAAGUACACGAUGCGAGCCGGAAACUGGGUCCACGUCUUCAAGCCCGAUCAAACGUCAAGCAUCAAAGGCGCCGACACAGGCUUCACCGGCUUCCUCCAGCCUCGGUAUCCGAACGGGACGUGGGCUUACCAGGACCCGAUCUUCUGCAGUCCGCUGCUGAACUUCACAUCAUGUUAUCUCAAUCCCGAUGGCCACGAAACAUACGAAGGUAGUGCGUGGAUGUAUACUUUCUAUGCACCCCACGACAUGGGCUCUCUAAUCAAGACCCUGGGUGGUGCUCAUUCCUUUACCUCUCGCCUGCGUUACCUUCACGACUCUGGCUUGCUCUACCUAGGUGACGAACAGGCCUUCUUGCCCGUCUACCAAUACCACUAUGCUGGAAGACCCGGUCUCUCUGCGAACCAGAGUCACUCCUACAUUCCCUCUCAAUUCAACACGACCGUCGCCGGAAUUGCUGGCAACGAUGAUAGUGGUGCAAUGGGCUCAUUCGUGGUUCUGAGCAUGUUGGGUUUGUGGCCAGUCGCCGGUCAGGACGUUUACCUGAUCACUCCGCCGUACUUCAAGCAAGUCAGCGUUCGCAAUCCUGUCACCAACAAGACUGCUACUAUCCGCAGCAUCAACUUUGAUCCCAGUUACAAGUCCAUUUACAUACAGAGCGCUAAGUGGAAUGACAAGCCAUGGACCAAGAAUUGGAUCACCCAUGACUUCUUUGCCGACGGCGGUGUCCUGGAGCUCGAGCUUGGGCCCAACGAGAGUGAAUGGGGAACUCACAUUGAAGACCUGCCCCCAAGUCUCAGUAAAUACGAGUAA